AAUCAAGAGAGGCGUUUCGGCACCAUUCUCCGGGAGAGUAGACGCGACAUUUGCCGCAAGUAAUGUUAGAAAGGAGUGGAGUAAAUGAGAACGAAAACUCUUAUUUCGUGUGGAUUAUUUCUGGAAAAACAAAGCCCUACCAAAACGGAAACUAGUACAACAUUAGAAACAACAUACAAAGAUUGGAAUAAUACGGUCGCUGUCUACAGGACCAAACCCAUGAUGUACCUCGCCUGCUCUGCAGCCCCACCAACAUCCAGUCUGUAGAGGAAGCGGCCGCACCAGCAUGUCCUCCCACCCCCAGUCUGUGCCUCAGGGCCGGAGGGCUGUGGACAUCCUCCACCUGCCAAACCCUGCCAGUCUACCGCUGCAGCUGGCACGGGCACACACGGAUGUGGGACUGGUGGACUACCACCCUCACUCUCGGGACUACAGCUCACACCUGGCUCAGCCCCACCGCCGCCGGCCCUCUCUGCUGUCUGAGUUCCAGCCAGGGAAUGAGAGAGGUCAGGAGCAACACAUCCGCUAUGAGCACAUCUACUUACCUGAGCCCAACAACCAAUCAGAGGUGGAGUAUGUUGAGAUAAAGCGUCCCCGCCUGGACCUUGGGGCGGAGUCUCUCAUGAGGCACUCAUCCCACCGCCCACAACUUCCUCUGGGAGGGGCUGAGGACAUGUCAAAGGACCGGGGCAGCUCCAUGGGGAAGCUGGAGCCCAUCUCCCCCGUCAGCCCGGCCCAGAUGGACCCAGAUCUGGACCUGGUGCCAGCCCGCUUCUCCAAGGAGGAGCUCAUCCAGAACAUGGACCGUGUUGACCGGGAGAUCACCAUGGUGGAGCAGCAGAUUUGCAAGCUACGCAAGAAACAGCAACAGCUGGAGGAGGAGGCAGCGAAGCCCCAGGAGCCGGAACGGUCUAUGUCUCCCCCGCCCAGUGAGGCCAAGCACCGCAGCCUGGUGCAGAUCAUCUAUGACGAGAACAGGAAAAAGGCAGAGGAAGCGCACAGGAUUCUGGAAGGACUGGGACCCCGAGUAGAACUGCCUCUGUACAACCAGCCAUCUGACACCAAGCAGUACCAUGACAACAUAAAAAUAAACCAGGCGAUGAGGAAGAAACUCAUCCUUUACUUCAAGAGGAGAAACCAUGCUCGUAAGCAGUGGGAACAGAAGUUCUGCCAGCGCUAUGACCAUCUGAUGGAGGCCUGGGAGAAGAAGGUGGAGGGCAUUGAGAACAACCCCCGGCGCCGGGCCAAGGAGGGCAAGGUGCGAGAGUACUACGAGAAACAGUUCCCUGAGAUCCGCAAGCAGAGAGAGCUGCAGGAGCGCAUGCAGAGCCGGGCGGGACAGCGUGGAGGAGGACUGGCCUCAUCUGCAGCCCGCAGUGAACACGAGGUCUCUGAGAUCGUUGACGGCAUAUCAGAGCAAGAGAACACCGAGAAGCAGCUUGCGGUCAUCCCUCCCAUGUUGUUUGACGCUGAGCAGCAGCGCAUCAAGUUCAUCAACAUGAACGGCCUGAUGGACGACCCCAUGAAGGUGUACAAGGACCGGCAGGUCAUGAACAUGUGGAGCGAGCAGGAGAAGGACACCUUCCGCGAGAAGUUCAUCCAGCACCCAAAAAACUUUGGCCUGAUUGCUUCUUUCCUGGAGAGAAAGACGGUGGCAGAAUGUGUCCUCUUCUACUACCUGACCAAAAAGAACGAGAACUACAAGAACAUUGUGCGCAGGAACUACCGGCGCCGUGGCAGGAGCCAGCAUGGCCAACAGCAGCAGCAGCAACAGCAACAACAACAACAACAACAGCAGCAGCAACAACUGCAGCAGCAACAACAGCAACAACAACAACAAGUGAACCGCAGCAGCCAGGAGGACAAGGAGGAGAAGGAGAAAGAGAAGGAGGGAGAGAGGGAGGAGGAGAAGACUGAGGGGGAAGAAAAGGAGGAUGUAAUGAAGGACGAUACCUCUGGUGAGGACGGGGAAGACAAAGAGCCCACGGUGGCCUUAAAGGGGCGCCGCACGGCUAACAGCCAGGGCCGGCGCAAGGGCCGCAUCACCCGCUCCAUGACCAGCGAGGUGGAGGAGACCGCCACGCCGCCGCUCAGCGGUGAACUCGCCAAUCUGGAGAUGAAUGAGAGCUCUCGCUGGACUGAGGAGGAGAUGGAAACCGCCAAAAAAGGUCUUCUCCAGUAUGGUAGGAAUUGGUCAGCCAUCGCCAAGAUGGUGGGCUCCAAAACUGUGUCCCAGUGCAAGAAUUUCUAUUUCAACUAUAAGAAGAGGCAGAAACUCGACGAGAUUCUGCAGCAGCAUAAAAUGAAAUCGGAGAGAGAGCGUAAGGCGCGGCGUAAAGGCAAAGCUCUACAAAGUGAAGAGGCCAGUGCCCCGUCUGCUGCCGAGGAGGAGGAGAUGGAGGGCUCCGGGGCCAGCGGCAACGAGGAGGAGGCCCCCGAGGAUGGAGAAGGUGGUGCUAACAACAGCUCUGACACAGAGAGCCUGCCCUCUCCGCGUUCCUCUGAGGACAGCAAGCCUAAAGAGGAGGGUAGUGGUGGGGUCAAAGCUGGCUCAAACUCUGGGGACAAGGAGGCCUCAGGUUCCCACAUGGGCCAGCAAGGAGAUGAGAAACCCCCAGGAGAAGUGGGGAAGGCCAUCAAGCAGGAGGUGAAGACGGAGGCAGAGGAGGGCAGCAAGGAGCAGCCAAGCGAAUCCACAGACCGAGACAUGAAGCCCCCCACUGCAGAUGCAGAGGAGAGCAAGAGCUCAUCCAAGAGCUCCAAGAGGGACCAUGGGCCCAAGACGGGCUCCCACGCAGACAGUGACUCUAGUGCCACCUGCAGCGCGGACGAGUUGGAGGAGUUGGAUAGUACAGAGAAGAACAGGAUGACGUCUCCCAGCCGUCCCAGCCUGCUGAACUAUGCUCAUGAUGGGGUCAUCUCCUCCCCCCUGCAAAAGCCCAUGGACCUGAAGCAGCUCAAACAGAGGGCUGCUGCCAUCCCCCCUAUUAUGCCGGAUGGUGGACCUCGGGGUGGGUGUAGUAAGGCUGAGCUGCCCCCCCAUGCCCUGGCUCUCUACCAGCAUCAGAUCACCAUGGCUCAUGGAGAGUCCUCCCAGGAGGCCAAGCAGCAUGCAGGUCAGCCCAGCAAACAGCACCCCUACCCAGCGCAGGGGGACCCCCAUAACAUCAGCAGCCCCCGCGUCCACCCACGCAGCCCCUCCGCCAGCGACAAGGACGAGCUGGAAGGCAACGAGAGGUGGCUGCAGACUCUACUUCACGGAUUACAUAAGUCCCGGGCCUUCUCUCCUCAUGGUGACCCUAAGAAGCAGCCGGUGGGGCCAGAGGACCUGAGGGCCACUACCCUGGGCCGGCCCAUCAUGUCCCCCUACCCAAUGUCCCAUCGAGACAUGGCCAAGCUCAGCCACGACCAGCACCUACUCCACUAUAACUCCUCUUUCCAGCAGGCUGGCCACUCUGGGCCCCCUGGUCUGCAGCAGGAUGGUGCCAGGUUGGCAGCGGUGCUCCCCCUCCAUAUGCCAGAGCCACCCCCUCUCAUCUCCUCCAACAAGCCAGGGGGGUCUAUCACACAGGGCACCCCAGUGCAGCUGCAUAGCCCGGCUCAUGGGAUGGACCAUGGGAAGAUGCCCCCUGUACAGAUGGGUUUGUCCUGGAUGGAUCAGAGGAAAGUGGGUGAGUCCAAGUGUCUGGAGUGGGUGCAGCACUCCCAGCCUUGGUUUGCUGGUCCCUACCCGGUGGUGAAGCAGGAGCAGCUGUCUCCGCGGUGCCCGUCAUCCCUGGCAGAGAACCUGUCCACGCAGGGGAUGCCCCAUGACGCCAAUGCUGGACGUGGGUCUUUGCCAGCAGUGCAGGGGGGCAGCAUCACAAAGGGCAUCCCAGGGACCAGAGUGCACCAGGACUCCCCCAUCUCCUACCGGGGAGGCUCCAUCACCCAGGGCACCCCGGCAGAUGUGCUGUACAAGGGGACCAUAACCCGUCUGAUCACAGAGGAUAGCCCCAGCAGAGCAGAGAGGGAGCGGGAUGAGCUCCUGUCCAAAGGACACGUGGUCUAUGAGGGCAUCAGUGGACACAUCCUCACCUAUGACCGCCCACCCUCUCAGAACUCGAAAGAUGACGGCCGGGGCCAGCCUGGGGAGAUCUUGGGGCUGAAGCGCCCCUAUGAUGUCAGGGGGUUGCCCAUGAGGGAGACACUGUCUGCAGCUAACUGUGAGGGUCUGAUAGGCAGAGCCAUAUCUCACGAGAGAGACAACCCACACCCAACCCACCACAUCCGUGGUUCCAUUUCACAGGGUAUCCCCCGUCACCUGGACAUUCAGGAUGGCUACAUGAGACGGGAGGCCAAGCAGAUGAAGAGAGAGGGCUCCCCGUCCCAAGGGACUGGCCAGAUGGCUGAACCCAUGAAGGGUCGAGAGGCCAUUGUGCCCACAGUGAAGGAGGGGGGCCGAUCCAUCCACCUCAUCCCCAGAGAGGAGCUCCGACUGAUGCCCGAAGGCAUGAUGAUGCCCAAGGCUGGCAAAGAGGGCAUCAUAGUACAGGGCACUCCUAUGAAGCAGGAGCAGGGUAGCUCAAGGAAGGGGCACGACGUUCGUUCCAUAAUCGCCAGCUCCCCACGCUCCCACUACGGAAUGCCCUCCCACCUGGAGAUGCGGGGACCCGAGCAGCGGGGCCGCUACGAGGAGGGUCCUAAGGGCCGUCCCAGCGCUGUGGUCAACACGGCCAGCUCCAUGGCUCGAUCCUCGCCCCUGGCAAUGGGGGGUGAGCAGGGUGGCAAGGCUCACCACAGCCCUGUGGGCUACGAGGAACACAAGGGCGGCAUAAGGGCUCCCUACCCUGGACCUUCUCACCGAGGAUCUCCCCUGUCAGGCCAGCGGCAGCAUGAAGGCUCCAAUAAGAACCAGCCUCAGGAGCGCAAGGCCACACCCACCCCUCGGGAGAUGAGCUCCGGCAAGUCACCCCUGCCGGGCGUUGCCGAGCAGCAGGCCCAACAACAACAGGCGUCCCUGGUGUCGUACGAGCGUCUGCUGCAGGGUCUGGGGGCCGACGUAUACCGAGGACAGAUCCCCCUAGCCUUCGAUCCUGCCUCCCUGCGUCAGGGCAUCCCCAUCGACCCAGCCUACUACCUGCCUCGCCACCUGGCCCCUAACCCUGGCUACCCUCACCCCUACCCCUACCUGAUCCGUGGCUUCCCCGACACGGCAGCCCUGGAGAACCGCCAGACGCUGCUCAACGACUACAUCACCUCCCAGCAGAUGCACCAGUGGCCUGCAGCCGCCGCUAUGGCUGCCCAGCGCUCAGACCUGCUGAGAGGGCUCUCGCCACGGGACCAGCCCCUCCAAAUGCCCUACUCUGCUGCCCCACGCGGGAUCAUCGAUCUGUCUCAGGUGCCACACUUACCUGUCCUAGUCCCUCCCUCUGCAGGGUCUUCUGGCUCCCCCAUGGACCGCAUCACUUACAUCCCCGGGGGCCAGGGAGGCUUCCCCACCCGGCCUUACAACACCUCCCCCAUCUCACCAGUUGGGCCCCAACACAUGAGCAAGCAGCACGGCACACCAUCUACUGACCGCGAGAGAGAGAGGGACCGCGAGAGAGAGAGGGACCGCGAGAGAGAGAGGGACCGCGAGAGAGAGAGGGACCGCGAGAAAGAGAGGGACCGCGAGAGAGAGAGAGACCGCGAGAGAGACAGGGAGCAGGAGAGAGAGCGGGAUCGUGAGAGACAGCGAGACAGAGAGCGGGACCGGGACAGAGAGAAGGGGAUCUCUCAUGGCAACGUGGAACAUGCCCCCAUCUGGAGACCAGGCACAGAGCACAGCUCCGGUGGUAGCAGCAGUGUCAGGCCCUCCUCCCACUCCGGCUACAGCCACCAGCACUCCCCGGUGUCCCCUCGUACCCAGGACAGUGUCCAGCAGAGGCCCAGCGUCCUGCACAACACUGGGGGCAAGAGUCUGCCUGUCAGUGACCACAACAACCCUUCUGUGCUAAGGUCCAUGCCAGGCUCCAAUCGCUACCCAGGCUACAGCCACCUCCAGAGGACCGGGAUGCCUACUGAGGGCUACCCACCAAGCAUGGACCCCAAGGAAAUGGGCCGGGAUGGUGGCAAGAGCAGGGGAGGCCUUCCUAAACACACCCAAGACCAACAUGGGCCCUCUAUAUCCUCCAGCAAAUCUGACCCCAAGCUGGCCAACCCUAACCAAGGGGGUUACCCCGUGCCCUACCCCCAGGGCUCUGCAGCCUCUUACCACUCAGGCCGGCCCCCACCUCACCUGCUGCCCCCCCAGUCGGAUAGCCAUGUUGGCCGCGGAGAAAGUGGCAUGCCUAGUAGGGAAAAGACUCAAAACAAACCGAUGUCCAUUCAGGAACAAGAGCUCCGAUCACUCGGUAAGACCACCAUGACUGCGGCCAACUUCAUAAACGCGAUUAUCAUGCGUCAAAUUUCUUGUGAAACGGGGAUGCCAGAGACGGGCUCGCUCGUGGCCAACAGCGCCAGUGAUGCUCAACAAAAGAUGAUGCCCAUGGAGCAGCACGGUCCGUACCGGCCUCCCUCCGAGGAGAGGCUGUCCCCGGGCCAGCAAUCCCCCCUGAUGAAAGGCAGCCAGAGGGUGGUCACCCUGGCGCAGCACAUCAGUGAGGUGAUCACCAAGGACUAUACCCGGCAGAGCCAACAGGCCCAGCAGCAGUCCUACCACAGCAACCCAGUCCUGGACCUAACCCGGCCCCUCAGCGCUCCCCAUGCCCUGCCUGCCUCCCAGGAGUCUAGUCAGGGACCUCGCUACACUCCAGAGAGGACAGGAGGGGAACGUACCCGAGAUGGGUCUCCUCAGCCCAGGGCAUCACCUGUCAGUAUGUCUGCAGACGGCAUUGAGCCAGUGUCUCCUGCAGGAGUUAUGUCUGAACCAGAUACACAAGGGGCCUCCUACCCCAACGAGCAGGGAGAGCAGGGCAUGGGCUCUCGCUCCCCUCCCAACACCCAGCCCCCAGCCUUCUUUAGCAAGCUCACUGAGAGCACCUCGGCCAUUGUCAAGUCCAAGAAACAGGAGAUGAUCAAGAAGAUGACCGUGGUCGGCAGUGAAACUGAUUUCAAUAGUGGCCAGCCAGGAACAGAGAUUUUCAACAUGCCUGCCUCUACCACUGCAGGACCUGUAAGUAUCCGCAGCCACCCGGCUCCUGAGGCGUCCGGUAACACCAUAGGCCUGGAAGCCAUUAUCAGAAAGGCCCUGAUGGGCAAGUAUGAUGACCAGGCCGAGGAGCGCCCUCCCUCCUCCAAUGCUAUUAACUCCAUAGCUGCCAGUGUGCCUGCCGCUAAUCCUCUCGCUGACGGACGGACCGAGGACUCUUACUCACUACAAGGUGGGGGGAAGCCAAAGGGUAGCGGGCGCUCUAACGGGCGGAAGGCCAAAUCCCCCGGGCCGGGCCUGUCAGGGGGGGAGAGACCCUCCUCUGUGUCCUCUGUCCACUCUGAGGGGGAUACCAACCGCCGCACGCCCCUCAUCAACCGUGUCUGGGAGGACCGGCCCUCCUCCACAGGCCCCACUCCCUUCCCAUGUAACCCCCUGACCAUGCGUUUCCCCGGUGGCAUGCCAGUGUCAGCGCCCUCCCCAUCCUCUGGCCAGCUAGGGGUCCAGGGUCUGGGGCAGGCGCGGGCCUGGGAGGAGGAACCUAAGCCCCUGUUGUGUUCUCAGUACGAGACCUUGUCUGACAGCGAGUGAGAGACCCUGCCAUGGAACAGAACAGCACCUACCAACUAUCAACCACCUCCACUGCUGCUGCAGACACACACACACACACCACUCUACACUCUCCAUCCCACUCUACACUCUCCAUCCCACUCUACACUCUCCACCCCACUCUACACUCUCCACCCCACUCUACACUCUCCACCCCACUCUACACUCUCCACCCCACCCCACUCUACACUCUCCACCCCACCCCACUCUCUACACUCUCCACACCACUCUACACUCUCCAUCCCACUCUACACUCUCCAUCCCACUCUACACUCUCCACACCACUCUACACUCUCCAUCCCACUCUACACUCUCCACCCCACUCUACACUCUCCAUCCCACUCUACACUCUCCAUCCCACUCUACACUCUCCACCCCACCCCACUCUACACUCUCCAUCCCACUCUACACUCUCCACCCCACUCUACACUCUCCACCCCACUCUACACUCUCCAUCCCACUCUACACUCUCCAUCCAUUUUACAUUACAUUUAAGUCAUUUAGCAGACGCUCUUAUCCAGAGCGACUUACACUCUACACUCUCCAUCCCACUCUACACUCUCCAUCCCACUCUCCACCCCACUCUACACUCUCCACCCCACUCUACACUCUCCACCCCACUCUACACUCUCCACCCCACUCUACACUCUCCAUCCCACUCUACACUCUCCACCCCACUCUACACUCUCCACCCCACUCUACACUCUCCACCCCACUCUACACUCUCCAUCCCACUCUACACUCUCCAUCCCACUCUACACUCUCCACACCACUCUACACUCUCCACCCCUCUCUACACUCUCCACCCCUCUCUACACUCUCCACCCCUCUCUACACUCUCCACCCCUCUCUACACUCUCCACCCCACUCUACACUCUCCACCCCACUCUACACUCUCCACCCCACUCUACACUCUCCACCCCACUCUACACUCUCCACCCCACUCUACACUCUCCACCCCUCUCUACACUCUCCACCCCUCUCUCCAUCACACUCUCCACCCCACUCUACACUCUCCACCCAGGAAAGGAGUGACCUCUUAGCCUCCCAUCUCACACUGCUGACUGAGCAUCUCAAGCGCUGAUGGUGGUGUGCUGAGACACUGCUGCUCAGUGAAUGUGUGUGUGUUGGUGUUUCUGUGUAUACAUUCACUCCAGGACUACUCUAAAGAGGACAAAUCACUUGUUUUUUUUUACUUACCCCCCCCCUCCCUCUUGCUGGCCUUAUCAAUACGGACACAUCAAUUCACUCACUUUUUUGUGUACGUUUCUAGUGUCUUCUACGGAUUGUGGAAGGGACUUGAUACGGCCACAUAGUCUGAUGUUCAUGUGUUUUAAUCUGACCUGUUGAUGGAUUCACUGGCCCUGGACAAGGAUGGAUGUGUCCUCUCUUGUACAGGAAUCCUGCUCUACUCUGUCUGGGCUCUGUGAGCAGGGUUUCAACCUGGAGCUUCAACUUGGAGAAGCCUGCUGCCUCCACUGACCAUCUCGAUCUCUCAUUCUUUCUGCCAAUGACCCCAUGGACAUGGAGUUAACCACACAGAGCUCUGCAUGGAGAGGUCUGCUAGGGAAGUGGACUCCUUCACUGACCAUCUCGAUCUCUCAUUCUUUCUGCCAAUGACCCCAUGGACAUGGAGUUAACCACACAGAGCUCUGCAUGGAGAGGUCUGCUAGGGAAGUGGACUCCUUCACUGACUCAUGUCACUGUGCAGAGGGCAGUGGGACAGGCAGGUAGCCAGGCAAAUGGCAUCCAUAGUGCAGUAGAGUACAGUACAUUAGUGGACACUCGGCCAGUUCAUUUCUACCACUAUCAGAUGAUGGACAGGAGGGAAAAAAACACAUUGUUUUCCUGUGUUUGUUAUUUAGUUUUCUCCUUUUUAAAUCAAGUCAGUCCAGUCUUGUGUUUGAAAGUGAGCUGAGACCGCUAGUACUUUUUAUGGCGAAUUUUGAUGGUGUCAGUUAUUGUUUGUUAUUUGCAAUGAUUUAUCUUGGGGGGGUACCUGGGAGGGCUAUAUCAUUGGUUAACAGGGUAUACAUGCUGUUCAUUGCUGAUGAUGUCAUCAUACAUUUGAAAUGUUAUAGGAGGACGGUGGCGGCGUAUGGUCUCCGGGCAUCCAAUAGAGAGAGUGGACUGUGGGUGUGAUGGAUGGAUGGCACUAAGAGACAAGUGACACUUUCUCACUCUUUGUAUAUGAAUCAUGUCUAUGUGUUUGUUGAGACUGUUUUUGGAUGUUAAGCACUUAGUUGUCAAUCUGUUCACAAUGGCAUUUUUAAGAAUGUGUGUUUCGGGCAGGUGAGAAUAGACUCAAGAAGAAGAGUGUAGAAUCCUACUAAUAGAAGCGUCCUCCUCCUUUAAUAUCUGUUUCAUUUGGUCUUGCCACAUACAUGAUUUAGUGUUCCCGCACUCAAGCGACAAUCACAGCUAGUGAAACAUUACCUAGUCCGCUUAGUGCGGGUAGAGACCAACCUUAAAGCUGCUUUAGGGCAAAUUACCCGGCAUUCGAGUUGGAAUGUGCUUACAUUAAAGAGGUGACAAAUAAAAGCCAUCUAUGUUUCUAUGCCCCUUGGACCAUGGUGGUGCCGGCUGUGGCUGUAGUGUGAGCCCCGGCUGGCCAGCUGGAAGUCUGUCUCUAGGAUGGAAUGCCUAUUGUCUCUAGGAGCCUGUUGUGACGGUCUGACCUCUGAACUUUUACUGUCUAGGGGAAGAGGAGCUCUGCCUCACCAGGCCAGACGCACAUUUUUAUCUAGACCCAAUUUUGUACAGUUAGAAGAUUCCUAGUGUUAAGUGCCAUUCAUUUUACAUAUACAGUAAUAGUUACCAAGUGACGCACACAUUUUUUUAAAUAUUUUUUUUCUACAUGCCAGGGUUAUAAGUGUUUAUGCAGGGAAAUGUUGAAACCAAGAGCAGAUGAAAUGUCCUUCUUUUGAUGUCUUUUGUUUUGUCCAAAUCUGUCACAGCCUUAGCGCUUAACUGUCACUGUCACUUACACAUGAUUUACAAUGGGAGCUGCUAACUUACUGUUGUGAAUGUUAAGAAAUGAAAAGCAGUGUAUUCUGUUUGAGGAUUGUAGAACUUGCUGCUGUCACAUCAGGUUACCAUGACAAUGGGCAACGACAUGGUUGAAUGUCCUCUUGCUCUUUGCAGGCUAAGCAAUAGCUAUAUAAAAGGUGAAUGCCAAGAAGAAAGAUGUGAAAAGGGUGCUGUUUGAAAGGCGAUCAUACAAACAUUGCCCAAUUUGUUUUUACAGGCAACAUACCCUCAGUCCUUAGUGAAAGGUAUUAUAUUCUGGCAUGGUCCUGAUUCAAAGGAGGUUUAAACAGUCCAAAAGUUAGUGUUACAUUUGUGUGAUUAAGUUUUUGUCCAUUACAAUGAUGGUGUCCAUGGCUUGUAUUGACUGUUGAAGCCAGAGAAGCACAGCUGUUCUCAGUGUGACCUGUUUAGAGGGACUGCACUGCAGUGUGUUAUCCUGUCCACUAGUUGAGAGGGAGUUGAGUUAGUCAUGAUGGAGACGUGUUCGUAAUGAACGUGGAACAGUUGGAAUUCACUCCUUCCUCUUCACUGGAUUACAUAACGUUUCUACUCUGGCUACCUAUUAUACUGGUCAUGGUUGACAUCUAAUCAGUCAAGGUGCAGCUAAAUGAAAAGGUUGGAACUGGACCCAACCGACUACAAGGUAACCCCAGCUUUGUAUUAUAAGAUAGUUUGUGUCUUUACUUGUAUAUCAAUUGACUAUUCAUGAAGUCAUUGGGAGAGAGCAAAGUGACAGUAAAGUUUGACGUGACAAGAAGACAAAACCAUAUCCAGAUGUGUUUGCUAAAUAAAUAGCAGAGGAAAUGAGAAUAACCAGUUGUUUUUAAAUGUACUGAUGUGUAUUUUAAUGAUUUAUGCUUUUCACUCGUUUCUGUUUGUUCUUACACCGCUUGCUUUGAUUAUGGUCAUGACACUCUCCAUGCUAAUAGUUAGCAUUUCAUUUGUAAUGAAAGGAAUGUUUCAAAAUGAACGAAAAACCAAUUAAUCGAAGGGCCGAUAGGAUCCCUGUAUUGUCCACAGGUUGGGGGGGGCGACAUUGACAUUGAUCAACCGUAUUGUGCGUAAUGAUUUGUUUUUUAAAAAUAAUUAUAACCCACUGUAUAAUAGCCAGGAUUGUAUAUAGAACUGAAGAGAUGUAAAUAUAUAUGUGGCUUGCUGCAAGGUUGGUAUUUACAGAAAAACUAUUCACACUGUUUAAUUCUACAUGCCCACCAGCAACCUUUGUGGAUAGCAGUGUAACAAAAAGAAAAAAACACUGCCUUAAUGUUUAAAUAAAAAUCUUAUUGCCAUUGAAA